CUGGCUGACCGGGCCGCAGGCGGCUAUAAUUAGCUGCCUCUGGGCUGGCUCGCUCCCUGCGUGCUGGACGCGGGAGCGGCGGGGGAGUUCGAGGAGCUGCUCCGCUGCGGCACACACUUCCGUGUUGUCUGUCACCGUAAAGCAGGAAGCACUGUAGUAAUGUGUAGGAGCUGACGUGCCCGUCUGCUGUUUACCUACAGAGUCGUCAUUCCGAUGCCAGGUGAAGCCAAGCAGCCGGAGAAGCUACAUGGAGGCUAACUAACUUCACCCAGAGCCGACGGACAGAGGAACUGCGGUACAUUAGCGCCAGGAUGCCAGCCGGAGUUUGUGGCUGCUGUGGGCCACUGAGGCCGAGGUACAAGCGACUGGUGGACAACAUCUUCCCUGAGGACCCCAAAGAUGGCCUCAGCAAAUCAGACAUGGAGAAGCUGACCUUCUACGCCGUGUCGGCUCCGGAAAAGCUGGACCGGAUCGGAGCUUACCUGGCCGAGAGGCUGAGCAGAGACGUGGUACGACACCGCUACGGGUACGUGGUGAUCGCCAUGGAGGCUCUGGACCAGCUGCUCAUGGCCUGUCACUCUCAGAGCAUCAAGCCCUUUGUGGAGAGUUUCCUGCACAUGGUGGCCAAGCUGCUGGAGUCCAGAGAACCAGACCUGCAAGUCCUGGGAACCAACUCGUUUGUGAAGUUUGCCAAUAUUGAGGAGGACACACCGUCGUAUCACCGCCGCUACGACUUCUUUGUGUCCCAGUUCAGUGCCAUGUGCCACUCCACUCAUGAAGAUCCUGAGACCAGAACCAGGAUCCGAGUGGCCGGGAUCAAAGGUCUGCAGGGUGUGGUGAGGAAGACGGUGAACGACGAGCUGCAGGCCAUCAUCUGGGAGCCUCAGCACAUGGACAAGCUGAUCCCGUCCAUGCUGUUCAACAUGCAGGACGGCGACGACCUGGACAGGGCGGGGCACCCCAGCACGCCUUCAGUGGCGGGUCAGGACGGCGAGGAAAACCCGGCGGCGCUGGCAGAGAGCUGCUUCAGAGAGCUGCUGGGCAGGGCGGCCUACGGCAACAUGAACAACGCUGUCCGACCCGUGUUGGUUCACCUGGACAACCACCACCUGUGGGACCCCAACGAGUUUGCUGUUUCCUGCUUCAGAAUCAUCAUGUACUCCAUCCAGGCCCAGCACUCCCACCACGUCAUCCAGCAGGUUCUGAAUCACCUGGACACUCACAACAGGAACACGCCGCGGGUCCGAGCCGGCAUCGUCCAGGUGCUUCUGGAGACAGUGGCCAUCGCUGCCAAAGGCUCAGUGGGCCCCACGGUGCUGGAGGUGUUCAACACGCUGCUCAAACACCUGAGGAUGAGCGUGGACUUCGAGCUGGGCGAGACCUCGAGGAGAAACUCCAGCGCCAGCGUGUCGUCCGGCCGCGGCAAAGAGAGCGAAGAGAGGAUCGUCCAGAACGCCAUCAUCCAGACCAUCGGCUUUUUCGGAGGAAACCUGCCAGACUACCAGCGUGCCGAAGUCAUGAUGUUCAUCAUGGGCAAAGUGCCCGUGUACGGGACCCCCUGCCACACCUUGGACACCGUCAAGAUCGGGCAUCAGGGAACCAAGCGGAUCCAGACGAUGCUGCUCAGCUCGCUCAUCAUGGUAACCUCCGGCUUUAAGUCCAAGUCCAUGGCAGCUGCGUUGCCUCCUCCCUUCCUGGAUCCUCUCUUCUCCAUUUCUCUGAUGGAGGACAGUGAGCUGCGGCAGCUGGUGCUGGAGAUCCUGCACAACAUCAUCGAUCGCCAUGACAACCGAGCCAAGCUACGCGGCAUCAGAAUCAUUCCUAAUGUGGCAGCACUGAAGAUUAAAAGAGAGAAGAUUUCCAAACAAGACGUUGCAUUCAUGAAGAAGCACGGCCAGCAGCUCUACCGUCACAUCUACCUGGGCUGUAAAGAGGAGGACAACGUCCACAAAAACUUCGAGCUGCUCUUCACCACCCUGGCCAUUCUGACCAUCGAGCUGGCCAACGAGGAAGUGGUCAUCGACCUCAUUCGGCUUGCCGUCGCCCUGCAGGAAAUGGCUCUGGCUAAUGAGGAGAACAUGCCCAUGUUUAUUCGCUGUGGCAUCAUGGCGUUGGUGGCGGCGUAUCUCAACUUCCUGAGCCAGAUGAUCGCCAACCCUCCCUUCUGUCAGCAUGUCAGCAAGGUUAUUGAGCUGAGGAACAUGGACGCUCCGUACCUCCUGCCAGAACACGUCUUCAGAGACAAAUGUCCACUCCCUGAGUCUCUGGACAAGGAGGACAGAGUGCUGUACUUCCAGACGGUCGACAUGGCCGAGUGCCUGGCAGGACCGGGAUACAACGUGGAGAGACUGUCCGUCCCAUACGUCCCCCAGGUCACAGAUGAAGAUCGUCUGACCAGGAGGAAGAGUUUCGUGGACACAAUCUCGCUUCAAGUGGACAUCAUGUCCAGCAGCCUUCCGGACAAGUCACAGCUGGCUGAGGAGAUCACGUUUGAGACCCUGAAGAAAGCCAUCGACACCACCGGGCUGGAGGAGCAGGAGAGGGAGAAGAGGCGCCAGGUGAUGGAGAAGUUCCAGAAAGCUCCAUUUGAGGAGAUCGCCGCCCACUGCGAGUCCAAGGCGAACAUGUUGCACGACCGGCUGGCACAAAUCUUUGAACUUACAAUUCGGCCUCCACCCAGCCCGUCCGGAGUGGUUUCCAUCUCAGCGGGACACACCCAGCACCAGUCCGUCCCCGUGUACGAGAUGAAGUUUCCAGACCUGUGUGUCUACUGAUCACACCACACACACAACAACACAAAGACAACACACACACUCACACACGCCCACAAAAACACGUGAAGCCCCAAACUGAAACUCCACUUUCUUCCAUUCAGAGCAGCACAAACAUGAACGCAGGCUGCAGUCAUGUUCACUUUGGUUUAAAGAGCAGUUAAAGCCUCCUCAGUCUCAGUGAAACUCUCCCAGUCCAAACCCAAAGACUUUCUAACUCGGUUUGAAAGCCUCAAAAGUGAAAACGCUUCUUGAAGCCAGAGAUGCCGUCUUAAUUUGCGCUCUUUAAAAAAUACUUUGGUCCCCAAAUGAGCUGAGUCGCUGCACUCUGGUGUUGACUCACGCGUCUGACCCCGAGAACAAACACAAUAAACAACUGUGAGAUUUCAGUGCGUAGAAGGUGAAUCUGAUGACCAGUCUGUCCUGAUUGGUCCAGCCAAAGCUUCGCCCCUCACACUUAAAACCCGUUGAAGCUGGUUUCUUCACAGCCAGCUUCAGCCUCUUAACAUGCGUUGUCAUGGUGAUCAGUAGGCGUCUCAGUGCAGUCACUGAUUAGUAAAAAUGUAAAGUAUUUCAUCAGUCAGCUAGAAAAAUAUACGAAAUAACUUCGGUGUUUGAGGGAGGCGGGUUAGCUUUAGGCUCGCUGCUGCACGGCUGAUCUUUUUAGCUAAACGACCUCAACAACCAGCCACGUCUCACGUCGGGAAAUGAAACUGUGUUGUGUUUAAAUCGGUCUGAAAGUUCAGUGUUGAGUGGAGAUGCCUCGGACACGCUCGGUAACGAAGCGAAGCUUUGGUCCGAGUUCUUAUCCCUGAAGUGUUUCUGAGGCGGUUUGUUGUCUACCUGCACCUGGAGUGUAAAAUGUGACCGUCUGGCUCCACCGGCGGCGUCAGCUGUAGAAGCUUCAUCCUUUGUGCUGUACGACCAACAGCCUCUAAAAAACACGUUUCACUGCCAAAGACAGAAGUUGUUCCCCUCCUGCUUCUCACAUUCAGAAUGUCUUAAUGCAGAAAUAGAAACAGGAUGUUAUCAGCGUCCUGCAGCCAAACGGACAGUUUCAUUGGAGAAUAAAAGCGGAGCUGCAGCGGCUCCUCGCUGGAUGUAUUUGUAUCUGCAGCCGCCCUCAGAGCUCGGACACAAAGCCGCGACGUUUUGGAGGAUUUGAUCGUGUGUACGGUUAACCACAAGGUCACGUGUUGUUUGCGUUUUUGGACUGCGAUCUUUCAUGUGUGGAGCAGCUGUGAUCUGUAAUAGCAGAUGGUUAUCAGUGUUUCCUCUGAUCUGAGCUCAGUGCUGGAAGAAAGAAAAUCCUUCCAGCUGGAGGCAGAUACCUGCUGCCAUCAGAUCUGUUCCAGUCGCACACAGUUAGAUGGCGAAUGAUGGAAAACUGAAUGUAAGAGCCGCAGGAGAAAGUGUUGAGGUGUGUGUGUUGUGUUGAGCAGGAGGUGGUUUUUGCACGUGCUCAUGAGUGUUUCAGGUGGUUUAAAGAUGUCGAGCGUAGUUUGUCUUUCUGAAGGUUGGCUAAGUGCACUUUGUUUGGAAUCGCUAACACGAGUGUUUGUCUGCCGGCCAAGCAGCUGCUGAACUCAUUUCCACCUGUUCCUGACCGGACCGGUAAACACGUUAAUGCAGCGGAGCCCGAACAGCCGCGUGGCUUCACGGGGCCCUCGAGGGACCGAAACCACGUGCAACACGAGGGUCGUGUGAUCGCUGACGCUAGCAGAGGUGACAUUGGUGCUAGCAAAGAUACGUCACGAAACGUCACGUGUCGUCUAACGGCAGCUGUGCGUGUGGUUGCCUGUCGCGAGUCACAUGACCCUCGCCUCGCACGCCGUAGAGGCCCCCCGGUUCGCUGGUCCACCUUGAACCCGGCAGUGCAGGUGGUAGCCGACGCGACGAGUCUUCCUCACGACGUCUCUGUUUGAAAAGGGCUCAUGUUUGUGUUCACGGCGUGAUUCCAGGUGUAAAUGGAGUCUUUGUUAGCUUGUGUCACGCGUAACAUCAGAACAACAGAUUGCCAAUAGGAUGAAUUAAUUUAAAAAUAAUUGUUCUUAACAGUAGAUUUAUAUUCUAAACUUUGAUCUGAAACUGUCGAAUAAAUGUAGUGGAGUAAAAAAGUACAAUGUUUGCCUCCAAAAUGUGGUGAGGUAGAAGUAUAAAGUAGCAGAACAUUAGUAAAGUACAAGUACCUCAAAAAUUGUAUUCAAGUAUAGUUCUUGAGUAAAUGUACUCAGCUACAUUCUAUCACUGGACAGUAAGAUUUUUAUUUUUACUGCAAACGUAUAUCCAAGUAUCAAUAAUCACAAUCAAAGUCUCCUUGAUCGUUACCAGCCAGUAUCAGUCGCUCCUUAUGCAACACUACAAAUGGCUGCCGAUGUUUGUGAGUAGCAGCUGAAACGUUAGCUUUUACUUGUAGCCUCCGUAGUCCGUCGUCUCCACAGGUCAAAGUCCAGGAGUCAGAACCGAAGGGACAAAAUUCCGAGCGAAGCCUGAAGUGAAUAAAACUUUAAGAACUUUAUUUUCCUCUGUAGAACAAAGUGUCCGCAGACGAAGCAUUAAACUGAUGCAUUAUUCUCUGUGCGUAUCCUGCUUAGCUUUAAAUGCAAACUCUUAUGAUGUAAUAUCGCAGUAUCUUAGCUCUACUAAAAAAACACAUGCGUUAUGUGGACUAACUGCAUGAUAUCUUGAUAUUGUCGAUCCCCGAGUGGGUGCUGGGAAUAUUUGUUGAAAAAUCCAUCUAAACAAGUCGUUUUAUCUGCUGGAUCCUAAAACCAGAUUUUUCUUGGUACUGGCGAGGAGCCGCCGGUUUCCCUCGGGAGGAAAGUCUGAUUUGAAGUCGAUGAAUCGCCUGCUUAGAUGUGGCUGGAGUCACUUCCUCUAUGAAUGUGUCAUUAUAGCAGUAUAUCAUAUAUUUUUGUACAUUUUAUGCAUCAUGUAUUGUUAAAUGGUUGCCUGGUAGAGAUUUAGAGAUUUAUUGUUGUCGAUCACGUUUGUCGAGCUGAAGACAAACGCUUUUUAUUUCUGAAUUUGCUGAGAGGCUGACUGUUCAGGGAGAAAAGGUCUCAUUUCUGGGAACGUUACUUGAUUAGUUUUUAUUUUAUUGUAAAAUUCAUGCUAUCAUUUCAAAAGUGCUGAAAAAUGAAUGAAUAUUCACUCUUUUGUCAGCUGAUAUCAGCUACUGCUGGAGUAAAUCAGUGCAAUCUGCCAGCUUUAGCGUCCACGUUGAUUUUUUCUUCUGCAGAAGUUGCAGCUUCAGCUUCGACAUCAGGAAGCUUUCACAUCUAAGUGUGUUUGAUGGAGGAGACUCGGCUCCAGAUUGACCAGGAUUCUCUUGCAGAAGGUUUUCACGUGUGACAAACCUUUGCGUUUCCUUCUGAAAGACCGCCGAGCAAAACACUUUGCUGCAGAAGCUCUCGCUUUGUCUGGUCGAGAAGUAAAGGUUUUUCAAACUGAGAGGCAGAACUUCUCAGCAGCUUGACUGAUGCCGUCAUUGAUCGACGCGGCGAUAACGAAACGCGUCAGUGAAAUUCUGUGUUUUAACGUGAUGUGAAAUCUUGAAUAUAAAAAUAUUAGUCAGUCAGCGCAGUGUUUUGCUGGUGAAUCUGGACCUGAAUCUGCCUGGAGCUGCGCCUGCUGCAGCUGAUCAAUACAUCAGGUUUCAGCCAGAACCUCUGAAACUUAACCUGACGCACAAAUCAACUCUGCUUUUUUCCAUAAAUCAACAGUUUAAUAUUUAGCACAUAUUAGAAUAAAAGGCGGAACAGUAAAAUAGGAUGUGGUGUUUGCACUUUGAUCAGGUACGAUGACAGGAACAAAUCAACACUUUAUUGAUUAUUGAUGAUUGGAGGAAGCUGUCAAAACGGUCCCUCCUGACUGGUGACUGAAGUCUUAAAGUCUGUCAGACGAGAGAAGCGAUCUGCUGAUCUGCCUUAUGCUUCACAAUGCCGCACACAGAAACUGCUCUCAGAAAUGUGAUCUCCUCACUUUUCAUGACGGACUUUUUUCAGUUUAGCGGCCGAGUUCUGCUGAAAGACGAGCAGAACCGGAAAGCUGAGCUUCUGAUGACGAUUGUGAGGCAGCAGUUUGUAUUUGUGUGCCAGUUUUAGAGACAAAACGUCAUGGUGUCACACACACGUUGAUGAUUUUAACCACUAGGUGGCGCCGACGCUCUGCUCCCGCUGCACAUUUGGGAACCGGGGUUCACUGUGGUGUUGAUUGAUCGAUCGAUUGAGUGGUUCCUCAGGACGUUUAGUGUUUUCAUCAGUUAAUACGCACACUUUUUUCUUUUUUUCUCUUCUGUUCAUUUCAUCCUUGAAAGGUUCAGUCAAAAGGCUAAAACUACAAAAUGUUGGGACACAGUUUGACUGGUUUGUACGGUCACUGUUGUGACUAUCAAACACUAUUUUCUUUGGGAGUGUUGGGCUAAAAUGUGAUCCCAUUAUCAAUGAAUCUAUUGAUCAUCGGGAACAGUUUGUGAGGCAAAAUAAUUUCAAGUGGCUCCACUUCGCUUUGUGAUGUGUUGGAAGCUUCUGAAUUCAUGUUAGCUUGUGUCAGUCUGUCCUUUAUUGUAGAAAUCAGUUGAUUGUCAGUAAAAAUUAAGGAAAGUCUUUCUUGGUGUCUGCAGAAGUUUGGUUCAGUCCGAACAAAACCCAAAGAGAUUCAGUUCACAGAGACGAGAAGCUGGAGCCAGAAAGUAUUGGAAACCUUUGCUUGAUGCAAACAUUUUAUCUGAAAUGCUGUGGGUUAAGAUUCCAUCCCUCAUCCUUCAGUUUACUUUGAAAAUCUUCCACUUUCUAAACGUCUCGAGUGUCUUUGGAACCAACAAAGCUUCUGUUCAGUCUGUACGAUGAACGAAAUGGGCUGCAGCGGCAGCAGAGCCUCAGCGCCUUACUGCAAAGACUCUGUGUUAAGAUUAAUGUUCGAGAUUAAAAUAAAAUGUUUCUAUCGAUG